GGAGUUCUUUCCAAGAACCUUCCAGUGUCUGGUGACGCACUCAAACAAAAAGCAGAGACUCUUGCUCUGAAAAUGGACAUAGAGAACUUCAAGUUCACCGACGGAUGGUUGCGUGGCUUUAAGAAGCGACACGGAACUUUGUUUAAGAAAGUGUGCGGAGAGAGUGGAGCCGUCGACCAGACCACUGUCGCGGACUAUCGCUUAAACAAGCUCAAGGCGUUACUGCAAAAGUUUGCGCCCGAAGAUGUGUUCAACUGUGACGAAACCGGCCUUUUUUUUAAAAUGCUACCGGACCGGUCUCUGUGCUUUGACGGUGACUCUUGCAAAGGAGGAAAAAACAGUAAGGAUAGAAUCACCGUCAUGGUGGGGGCGAACGCGGUGGGCACCGAGAAGUUGCCGCUCCUCAUCAUCGGGAAGGCGAAAAACCCCAGGUGUUUCAAAGGCAUGAAAAAACUUUCUGUCGGUGACAAGGAAGUCCAACUCGUCGUUGUCGGCUCGACAAGCGAUUCGAGGAGUUUCAAACAUACAGGUCUGGUUGCCGUGUGGUAUUCCAGCAAUACCAAGGCGUGGAUUACGCACCUGUUGUUCGAGGACUACUUGCGCCGUCUGGACAGGGUGUUCGAGCAUCAGAAACGACGUGUGGUGAUCUUUGUGGAUAACUGUGGAGCCCACGGCGCUGUGGACAACCUCAAAGCCAUCCGACUUGAAUUUUUGCCCCCUAACACUACGAGUGUUCUCCAGCCAAUGGACCAGGGCAUCAUUCAGAAUGUCAAGGUCCACUACCGCGCUCGACUGCUGCGCCGCACGGUCCUCUGCUUAGACAACGGGAAGCGUUAUGCUGUGGACCUCCAUGCGGCAGUCAAGAUGUUGACGGAUGCGUGGAUCGCCGUUCGGCCAUCGACAAUUGCCAACUGCUUCAAGCACGCAGGUUUCUGUGCCAGUGUAGAGUCACUAGCUGACAACGCAAGUCUGGACCAUCAAGAGGCCGAGGACAUCGCCGCAGCAGCGGAUGUCGACGAGUCUCUGUUCGCCGACCUGCGCGACAGUGGAAUGGACAUUCCUGAUGCUGCUACAUUCAGUGCGUUCGCGGAUCUUGACAGCAACCUCGAACUGUGCGCGGAGCUUACGGACGAGGAAAUCGUGCGCCAAGUCCUCGGACAACCUGAAGAAGACUCGGAUUCUGACGACGACGAUCACCACGCGCAGCCGUCGACAGCGGACAUAACGAGCGCGUUAACCUUGCUGUCCAAUGUGUACAGCGAGAAUAUGACGCUGGCGCAGAUGCAAGCGGACGUGAUCUCCCGCAGGCGGAAGAUGAAACAAGGUACCCUUGAUGACUCUUUCAAGUCCGCCUAGGCUCAAUAAAGCCAAAUUUUGUGAUCCGAGGAUUUUUCGGACUGCUUUAUU